AUUUUUUUUGCCAAUAUCACCCAACCCUACUAAAAAUCUAAUCAUUUCACUUUAAAAUAAGAAAAAAAACCACAGCAAAUGAUGAUUAAAGUCACUUCUCUGCUGCUCUUUCCACUCCAAAAUCAAAGAUUAUUGAUUGUAUUUUAUUGGCUUGAAAGUUGGCCGGCUGUCCUGAGAAGAAUGCACUAAAUUCAGUGACAAAAAAAAAUCACAGUUAAUGUAUUAACUUUGGAGCUGGUUAAAGUGUUAAUGAGGGGCCAGAUUUGGCCCGCGGGCCUUGAGUUUGUGCUUUAGGUCAACAAUGAGCCUCAUUCAUGAGUUUUCAGCACAGCAGCAGAAAUGAAUUUAGAUAAAACAGCAGCCUCCAGGUCUGAAAAAUGAAGCCACGAUAUKCAAAACACUGCAGUUCCUCAGCUGGCCACUUGAGGCAUGCUCCUGAAACUGAGUCAACACAAUGUUAAACAAGCAGCUGAUUCUCUGUAAUCAUCUUACUUAUUAACAAACUGUUAAUAUGCUGUUUUAUACAACUUAUUUAUAUGAAUUGUAAUUUCAAAUUAAAUAGUUACGAUGAGGCCACUUUUUACUAAUAAAAUGUAGUUUUUUUUAAAGUAUGUUACUGAACUGAACCAUUUUCCACUUUUACAAGAACAUCACAUAUUAGACUAAAUUAAUACGAUUUACAAAUUGGCUGAACUCUCAGUGGAAUUAGCCAAUAAUCCAGUCUGCAGAGAGGCAGGAGAAAGUAGGUCAUGGAAUUUCCCAACAUUCAUUCAGGAUUUACCUGUUUCAUAUUCCAUUGAUCCUCAAUCCCGUGAGGAAAUCUGUCAAAUUAGACCACUUUUUGAUGAUGUGUCUGAAUUAAUUAAUUCAUUCGUCUAAUCUGGGUGAGCAGCCUCCAGCAAAAAGCCAAAGGAGCAGAAGAGAAUGUGCACGUGUGUGGUCAUGUUUUUCCCAACUUGAAGUGGCUUUGAUGCGACUUUUAUUUUGAAAAUGCAGAGUAAAUGUCCAGCAGAGAUCACACCUGAGAGAUGAUUGGAUCUGCAAAGAAAUCCUGCAACGAUUUAUCUUAGUCCCAGCUCUAUUGUGCAAACAAUCAGCUGCCAUCUAUGUCUUUAAAUCUGUUUUUUUAGAGGACACGUCAAGGCUGUGGCGUGCCUUCAUCCUCUUCUUCCUCCAACAGUCAACAUGAACGCCCACAUCUGUGGAUGAUUUUUGCUCAUCUUUAUUGUUGUGAGCCUGCAGGACCGUCUCAGGCCUCGGCGGGUCGUGAUAAGCUUUAAAAUGGCCUCAUAAACACCAGGAGCUUCACACCUUUGGAGUUUCACAUCAGUCCCGCCGCAGACUUCGGCUGCUGAAACUGAGCCAGUGGAAAACAGUUCAGGCUGCAGGCUGGAGUCGACUCAUUUUUUCCAACAUCUUCAGGCUCCAGAGGAGAGCUGCACACACACACACACUGCUCUGUCACUGGUGUUCCUCGACAAGCCAGGUUGGAGAUGCUCCGGGGGACUGUGAAAACCUGGAUCUGCUUAUCCUGCUUCCUCCUCCUGGGUUCCUGCUCCCCAAAUAAGGAUGCAGAACCAGCAGGACCAUGGCCCACUUCCCCMCCUGAGCAGGAGUCAGGGGAACCAGACUUGGAGGACUGGGAACUGGGUUCUGGAUCAGCUCUCCUGCACCUGCUCCACAACUUCCCUGCAGACAGUCCCUUCGUAACCAGCUCCCCAGAAAACACGGCCAACUGCAGCCAGCACUUCUGGUUACCGCCUUCCUCUCCAGUCUGCUGGGAAAACGUUGCCAGACCCGAGGAGUUUGCCCGGUCCCGUCUGUUUGUCCUGCAGAACCGAGCCGCCCUGCAGGCCGUGUUCACCAUGAGCGGCGUGGRGGAUACGGGACUCUCCUACAACCACCAGGCCAGAGAGGAGGUCCUGGGGAUCCACUCGGACCACCAGAAGGUGAAAGAAACGAUGCAGACCAUGGAGAGUGUUUUCAUCUCUCUGAAAGAGAAAAGAAAAGAGGCGAAGCAGGAGCAGGGCGUUUUCACCAGCUUGAAGAACCGUCUUGCCGUUACAAGAGAUGUUUUAGGGUGGAGAGAAGAGCUGGCGAACAACCUGGAGAGGCAGCUUUUUACUUUAGAGAGGACGCUGCUCAACAGUCAGCUUCGACUCAGCAGACUCAUCAGUCAGUGAAGACUGUGUGAUGCUUAUCAACUCUCUCGUUCAACCAUUUUUGUCCUUUUUUCACAAAUUAUGCAUCAAAACCUCCAUCUUGUAGGACAUUAUGACCUUUAGCACUUCAAUAUUUUAUACUCUUUGAGAAAUUUAGCUUUUUCUGCCAUGUUUUGUUUUCAUUGAAAAUAAAUGGAGCUGUUUUAAACAUCUUAAAACACUUUUA